CCUCUAUCGUUCGCUCACCAACACUAACACAAUCUGUCAAAAUCAUUUGUUUGCGUGUGCUUAUUUCUAUGCCGCAAUCGGCGUUUCCAAUAUUUUUACAUUCUAAAUAUUAGCUUAAGUACUUAAUUGUUAACAUAAGAAGAAAGACAGGAUGAUACACACACUACUCUUCGUUGCUCUAGCGCUGAUCAGCAGCAUACCCUAUAACAAUGCUGCCCAGACCAACUAUGUGACAUGUGGUUCCAUACUGAAAUUGCUCAACUCGGAUUAUUCGUAUCGCUUGCACUCGCACGAUGUUAAAUACGGAUCGGGAUCGGGACAGCAAUCGGUGACGGGAGUAGAACAGAAAGAAGAUGUGAACAGUCAUUGGGUGGUUAAGGCACAAACUAAGAAACUAUGCGAUCGUGGUGAGCCCAUUGCUUGUGGAGCGACCAUUCGAUUGGAGCACUUGACCACCAAAAAGAAUCUGCACUCGCAUCAUUUCUCGUCUCCGCUUUCUGGCGAACAAGAAGUAUCCGCCUACGGCGUCGAUGGAGUUGGUGAUACUGGCGAUAACUGGGAAGUGAUCUGCUCCAAUGAAAGUUGGAUGCGUGAUGCACACGUCAGAUUGCGCCACGUUGAUACGGGCAUGUAUCUGGGCAUGUCGGGACGGUCGUAUGGUCGACCGAUUUCUGGACAAAUGGAAAUUGUGGGUCUUCACAGUCCACAGCACGGUACUCGUUGGACUACCUCUGAGGGCCUAUAUAUCGUGCCAAAGGACAGGGACUCGAUGCCCACAGAAUAUGCUCACACAGAACUGUAGUCAUGACAAGGAUUUUACUAUUAGUUGAUUAAAUUAUAAUUUAGCUGAAUUUAUGUGAAGCGAACCAGUUUGUUUGCAUUAAAAAGAACAAUUCAAUUUGUGCAAAAACCUGAACUUUUUUUUAUCACGUUUCUUAACACUGCCGGAGCAGGCGUUGAUUAUUUUAGUUCGUUUUGUGGCUUCGUCGCGUCGGACGCAAGCGGUUUUGAUAAAAGUGGAAAUAAAGCUAUUUAUCUAAAUGUUUAUAUACUUAAUUAUAACGUGCAAUACGGUUACGCGACGGUUCUAUGUCAGACCAAUUAACUAAUUGCAAAUUACGUAUAUUAACAUCAUAGCCCGAGAAGCUUAAACGAAUAAUAUAUAUUUAAAUAAAUUACUCAAUUCUUCAAAUUAUGUCUAGUUGAAUUUUGAUGAUGUUAUAUAUUGAUUCUACAAAAACAAAAUUUUUGCUUAAAGAUGAAGCGACAUUGAACUUCGUUUUAAGAAAUAUAUGUACAUAUGUAAAAAAGGUAAUUGCAGCGUAAGUUCUAGUUGGGCAUACCCCCCGAGACCUCUUUUAUUGUAUAUAUAAUUAGAGUUGAUAUAUUUGCUUAUGUUUCAGUUCCUAUUAAAAUUAACUCAUAUAAUAGCUCGAUUUUAUCGACACAGUCUCAUAGUGGAUAUGUAUUUUUGGUUGUGAAUAUGUUUCGGCCAAAACAUCUCGUUUGGCUUUAUCGAUUCUUGUUUAUCAGCGGGUUCCGGCCAGCCUUCAAAGGCCUUCAUUGCUGAAUGACGACGCGCAGUUAAAAAUGCCGAUUGACUUGACAAACUGACAGAUUGACGAACGUUUUGUUCUGAAUGUGUUCUGUGCCAUGGGCAACAAAAUAUUAUAAUAUUAUGCACAAGUGUGGGCGUGACUAGCCAUAUAAACGUAUGUAGCUCCCUAUUUCUCUCUAACACAUAUGAACACCCCCCUCUCUCACUCUCUCUCUCGCUCUCCCUCUUUCUCGCUAUUUAUUUCGCACACACACACACACGUGCACGCCUCAUAUACGCACGCCUGCAUGACUGAGCAAUAAAAAAAGUGUUGCCUCCUUUUGUGCGCUGGACUGGUUCUUUUUUAAAGCCAAUGAAGGAAGGCAGUUUGAUAUUAAAAACUUAUUUAAAAUAAGCCAGUCUUAUAAACUAGAAGCCUCAGCACUGUAUCCGGUAACGUUAUUUAUACAUUUUAUCACUCUGCUUCUAAGCUGAGAUUCAAGAAAUUUCUAGACAAAUCAAGCUCGCUUAUACAUAUAUGUAUAUUCACGUAUAUAUAUGUAUAUAUGUCUAGAGAUGUAUAUUUUCUAAGACCCAUUUACUUUAUCAAUCUUUCUCAAGGCCAAUGAGAAUAUCCGGCUGUUAUUCCUUUUGACCACUCCGAAUACGAUACUCAUACCAAUUGAAGCCCACUCAGCAAAUACAAAUUUUAAUCAACGCUGCCACGUGUCAGGACAACAACAACAACAAUUAUUACAAUAGCAGUUAUAGGCAUCAAUAACUGUACAAACGCGCCUACAAGGUCAAAGCGAGAAAUUCUAUCAAACAGAGCAACAAAACGGUUACAAAACAGACUCUCACACAGACAUACACACACACACACACACACACACACACACACACACACACACACACACACACACGUAUACAUACACACGAACGAACAAUGACAAGACACACGCGUGGGUUAGCUUGUCCGUUGAACCUACUGAGUCGAAAUUGCAAGUGACAACAAAAAUUGAAAUAGAAACAAACGCACAUUACAUAAACAGCGAUAACCCAACAGACAUUUUCAUUGUCUUUUUGUUCGUAAUAGAAUGGAGUUGUUGGAAUUCUUGUAAAGCAAAUGAAUUAUGUUUACAUUUAGUCUGAUUGUCGUAUUUGCAUAGAUAGCUCGGCUUAUUUCCAUAGAUUUGAAUUGCUGACCUUACCUAAGCUUAAACUAACUCAGUUACCCAAUAGACAAUUUUCGCGAAGAACUUGCAGCUGCGUGUGUGCGUGAAAUUGUAAUUGGCAGUAAAUCAAUUUUGUCCAAUUUCGAUGUACAAUGGCACAAAACGUCGAGACAUAUGUAUUCUAUAAUAAAUAAUUGCGAUACGCUGAUUGUGUGUGUGGGUGACUGUCUGUCUAUGCCUAUGUGUGCGUUUGUGUGUCAUACUUGGUAAGUGUCAGAGACUUCAGCGAUUUAGCUGCCAGCCAUUUGCGUGGGAGUCGUUUGGCGUGUGCGUUUGGCCUUCCUAUCGCCUUACCUCUAUCCUUUCGGCUGUUGCCCGUUGAAGCAGUUCUCUCAUCGCACUUAACAUUGAAAACCGAAAACAAGCCCCUAAGUGGGCCAAAAAGGCCUGUCCACAACAACAGCAAUAGCAGCAAUAACGACAACAACAUCUGCUGACGCCGCUCUCAGCGAGAGUGCGCAGCAGUCUAAAGCCGUACCCAAGCUAAAUGCAGAAAUAACAAUAAACACAGACAUCCAGAGAACAGCGGAAAAAGAGAGAUAGAGAAAAAGAGAGAGAGAGAGCGCGUGCACACAUAUAUGCACACAUACUUAGGCACAUGCCGAUUGUUGAUAGUGAAAGUUCUGUGACAGCAACAACUGCAAACAGUUUGUGGUUUUUGAAGUUUACAGUCUACUGUUAAUGUCGGCGAAAGCAAAAGUUUUCAAUCAUGUCAUAAAUAACAAAAAAAGUUAACGUUAAUUAGUUGUAGACUUAAUGGAAUAUUAAUGAAUCAACUAACACUCAGAUAUGAAUAUUUGCUCAUACGCUUAAUAUAAAUAUUUUUAGAGAAUCGUUUUUGUUUUUGCUAUUCAAUUUAAUAAAUAAUUAUCUAGAACUCGAAUUGUGUUCAUAUUUCUUAUUUGAUGCUAAAAUUGCUACAAAAGCAACACUGUUAACAUUAACAGAAGCUGUUCCUUUAAAUACAUAACAGAGUAAGUGAGAGCACAAUCGCCCUUGCAACCAGUUCAACCAAUCCUGCAUAGAGGACGCUCUUUUACGUGCGUGCUUCCCUCUCUUGAUUGGCAAGCAAAUACCGUUAGCACAGUACAUCGUGAACAGUUGAGCGUGCAAGUCAAGGCAAACACAAAACGUGCGCAGCAACUAGAACAAAAACCGAGCAAAAACAAACUGAACAAAAAAAAAAAAAAAAAAGAAAUGCAGCUAAAAAUAAAAAAUGCCAUAAAUAUGGUUGACUCGAAUGUAUAAAUAUUAAAUAUUUUUUCUGUUCAACAUACGUUUUUAAGUCGGUUUUUAAACAGUACUCAAGAGCAUAUUGACGAGGCUAAGCAUUGUGUUAUAUAAAUCACAGCAUAUGUAUGUAUAUGUCGGUGCGUGUGUAUUAGUGUGUACGUUUGGCGCGUGACUGUGUAUAGAAUUGUGUGUGAGUGUGUGCGUGUGUUUUGCCGUGCACAAAGAGCGACCACAAGUAUUAGUUAUAUUGUAUCGGUUAUUUUGUAUUGUCAAUUAAAAGCGAUUACGAAUAUUACGCAUACGCAUACAGUUCCCAUAAAGAGAUCUAUAAGCAAACGACAACAAAAGCAAUGUUCGUUGCCCACUAAAUCUACUAUCCAAUCUACUUAAUAAUAUACAUAUUAUAAAGAUAAUAAAUACAGUACACACAAAUACACAAACAGCAAUAAACCUAAACUAAUGACAUUGGCAGACAGAGAAAAAACAACAACGACAACAAUAAUAGACACACGCACACACAUACAGCCACACAAAUGAAGAUUACAAUAUUCAAUCUAUAAAGCCUAUGCCUAUUGCUAAUUAAAUUAUGAAUAUCCGCAAUACUAAUUAAAACACAAUACUCGUAUAACAGCUAUGCCCAUUGACACACAGAAAUAUACACACAAAAACAGACACCUAGACGUAUUAUCCAGCUAUACCAAUAUAGAUAUAAAAUAGUUGUAUGUCAAUAUUUGUGCAACAGCUGAAAACGGAAGAGCGAAAGACAAAGCAAAAACUGAAAUAUCAAUAUCGAAUAUCAAAUAUCGAAUAUCGAAUGUCCACAAUAUAUAGAUUGCCUAACACUCUCUAACAAAUGUCUGCCUAAAUGUACACACAACUUGCUGUUUACUAAACGUUUUAAUACUCGUACUAUCUAUAAGAAUAUCGUUUCCUGUAUAUAUACCUCUAUAUGUAUAUAUACUACUUUUGUGUGCCUUUAAAUGUUAUAAACCCAAAAACAAAUACUAAACGCUGACUGACAUCCCCCCCAAAACCCGACUAUCCAUAUAUAUACUAAACAAUAUAUAGAAGCGCCUACCACACCCGUAGAGCUAUAUGCAUAUAUGUAAAUAGUUAUAUACGUCCGAUUCGUAUGAUUUGCUAUUUGAAAUUUGGAUACACCUAGGCUACGCGAUUAUGCUGGAUUAUGAUAAUGCGUGAGCAAUAAACACGGGCUAACUAUCAAACUUUUACACAACAUUUUUUUGGCUCUAUGUGCAAUCAUAAUAAUAAAUAAAUUCACCACCUACAAAAAAAAAAA